AAGAGGGCAGUAAUGAGCUGUGAAAUUUUUAAAUCUCCCUAAAACCCACGAAGAAGUCUGUCAGGCUAGCCAUGGCGGAAACAGAACAGCACUCAGGAUCUACUCCUGAGGAUGAAGCACCAGAAGUCACAGCCAGCAAUACCUUCAUGGUGCCCAAGAAGGAAAUCAGCAUGGUGCCUGACAUGGGCAAGUGGAAGCGAUCACAAGCAUAUGCUGACUACAUGGGCUUCGUUCUCACUCUGAAUGCAGGUGUGAAAGGGAAGAAGCUUACAUGCGAAUAUACAGUGUCCGAGACAGUGGAGAAGUUAUUAGAUCUUCUGGGGACUCUGGACCGAUGGAUAAAUGAGACUCCUCCUGUUGACCAGCCGUCACGCUUUGGUAAUAAGGCCUACAGGACCUGGUACGCCAAACUAGACCAAGAAGCAGAGGCCUUGGUGUCGGCAGUGCUUCCUGCUGACAAAGGUGCUGCAGCUCCAGAGAUAGCUGUCUAUCUAAAGGAGUCUGUGGGGAACCCCACCAGGAUAGACUAUGGAACAGGUCACGAAGCUGCUUUUGCUGCGUUCCUCUGCUGUCUUUGUAAGGUUGGAGCUCUCAGGGUGGACGAUCAGCUGGCUAUUGUUUUUAAGGUUUUUAACAGGUAUCUCUCAGUUAUGCGGAAACUGCAGAGGACCUACAGAAUGGAGCCAGCUGGAAGCCAAGGUGUGUGGGGACUGGAUGACUUCCAGUUCCUGCCAUUCAUCUGGGGAAGCUCCCAGUUUAUAGAUCACCCCACACUGGAGCCUCGGCACUUUAUCGAUGAGAGGGUGGUGAACGAACACCACCAAGACUACAUGUUUCUGGACUGCAUCAAGUUCAUAAAUGAGAUGAAGACUGGUCCGUUUGCUGAACACUCCAACCAGCUGUGGAACAUCAGCGCCGUUCCUUCCUGGUCCAAAGUCAACCAGGGCCUGAUCAGAAUGUACAAGGCUGAGGUUACCACGGUGGAGAUGGAUUACAAUCACGGUCAAAUUCUUUGUGCCAAAAGUUCACCAAAGUGUUUGGAGAAGUUCCCUGUGAUCCAGCACUUCAAAUUUGGCAGCCUGCUGUCCAUCCAGCCAACAAAGCCUUGACGCUCAUGCUGCGCACACAAUGGAAAGACCAAAAUCCUAAUAGUUUUCUUUUCCUCUGGCAUCCUCGUGAAAAUACAAGAGUAGCAGAAAUGAACCACAUGUAGUUUGACACGCUCAUUCCCACAUGUGCACGCAUGUGGUCAUGAAAGCUUACAGGCCAUCCAUAACGUUAAUGCAGAGCAUGUUGUGGAUGAGCUUUAUGAUUUUUGGAGCAUCUUUUUAUUUUUGUUAUUGUAUUUAUAAAAUGGAUAGAGUUUGGAUCAGCUCCUUUUUUUUCUUUUUUUUUUUUUUAGGUAGUGUGCUCAUUGAAGUUUAAUGCUUAAAUUUGCCUCAAAGUUUGGAUCCUUUUAAGGUCGGCUGUUCAAAUCAUGUUGCAAAUUUACCAACAAUUUAAAUACCCAACUCAUCCCAACAUGCAAGUCGCAUUAAUAAUUUGUUAGGAAUUAACUGAACAAAAUGUGUUGACAUGUCAGUGUCCUGCUCAGAGGGAAGAGCAAAGGGUUAGAUCUUUAAGGCUUCCAGAACAGCUCAUCCCAAAUUUCUUGAAAAGUCGGUUUAAGUAGGAAUCCUUGCAUGAGCAUUUAUUUUUCCCUCAUAGUCUGUCCCUUACCAGUCAGUGUCAAGGCUUUAUGCUCUUUCUUUUUUAUCAGUUCAGCUAUAGUAAAGACUGUAAAUUGAUAAACCAUACCUGAAUAAAUUUUUGUGGUUGUGCUGUGCAGCUUUUUCCUCAAAGUUCUCGACCUAAGUGGGAAAUUGUAUAUUUUUUUUACCCAGAUUUGAUUCCAUAUUUAAAUGAGUGUUAAAUUCUGCAUAUGCUUCAGCCGACACAUUUUAAAGAUUUUGGCAUAUGUUUUUAAUUUAAUAAAAGAAAAGCUAUUUUUGUGUUAUUAAAGUGACUUGUCAAACACGA